AUGAGCUCCACUGGCUUAAAGGUCGACCGCCGGACUGUACCGGACGUAGCGACAGCACUACUAACUAUCAAGAUCGGAGACGUGUCGCGUACGUCCCGCAAACAUCUGGCAAUUAUUACGUUUGGAUUUCUCUUGUCCGAGGGGCUGGACGUAUUUCGCGCGAAAACGGAUUCGUGUACGGAUAAGGCACUGGGCAAUUUCCAGGGCGAACGUCAUGUGCGUGAAGACACGGCGAUUUACAUGCGCCCGGGGGCUCACUCGAAGCAGGCGGAGCUUGUGGAGAUCACGCCCAAGAAUUUUGAGAAUCGCGUGGCCAGGAGCUACAAAAACUACCUCAAACGCAAGACGGGCGACCCGUUCCAAUGCGAGGUUUAUGUGUACGUCAAGAAGGUUGCGCCGGUGAGACGUCGAAGAAUGAAGGAUUCAGUUGUCACUAGUACAUCAGAAGAUCAAGUGUUGCUGCAGGGAGAUUGCAGGCAAAGCAACCGGUUGGACGGUGACAUAUCGGUGACUGGAACUGGGUUCUUGAAAAAUGUGCCGGGACUCAAGCGAAAGCGGUCGGUAGGCUCCGAAGACAAAGAGGAGCACCCGAACAUGCAAAAACAUGUCGAUGACAGUUACUAUCGGACGGUGCGGAUGGUUGUAAACGGGGCUGUCGUGCCGAUGCAAGUCAAUGUGCACGAUCUAUUGAUCUGCUUGUCGUCAUUCCAACAGCAAACACUUUUUAACUCAACUGGUGAAGAGUCUCUCCGCGACAACGAACGUGACGCUCAUUAA